CUCAGAGAGAACCUCACCACACCCAGGACGAGAUUCAUAUCACACAAGUUAAAAAUAGAUAAACAAAGAGAAUCUUUGCAGAGGUUUUAGAUAAAUAGAUGGGCGUCAUUCGGACGAUUGCUCAUAAAGUCUUUCAAUGUUUUUGGAGGAUCGAGCGCUGUGCAGAUCGGUUGACUGGGAAAGUCGGCCCAUUCUUUAUCGCGAUCGCCGUUCUAUUGAUCUCAAUGGCCAUCAUCACUUACUUCGAUGUCAUCUUCCCCAUGGCUUUCCUCCGACCAGAAUCGGACCCACUGAUGUCCUUACUGAGUCUAAUCUUCAGCAUCUAUCUCGCGAGUUGUUCGAGUAUCCAUUACUAUCUAGCAUGCACGACGCCACCGGGCUCGCCGUCGGAGCCGAUCAACCAGCCCCACAAGUCCUUCUCACUCGGCCGUUCCUCCUGUGCCCGAGGCCUUCGUCGCUGGCUGCCGAAGGGACAGAGGAUCGGGCCCGUCAAACAGGAAAUGAUCGAACAGUAUCGCUUGAAUAUCAAUCGCCAUUGUCUCAAGUGUCUCAAACUGGGUAUCAAGGGCAUCGACGGUCGUGGGCCUAUUAAACCCGAACGUGCUCAUCAUUGUCGCGUUUGUGGGGUGUGUCAACUCAAAUACGAUCAUCAUUGUCCUUGGAUCAAUCAGUGCGUAGGACUACGAAAUGAGAGAUUCUUUCUACUAUUCUUGUUUUAUAUGAGCGUUUCUUGCGCUUGGGUGGUCUUUUGGGGGUGGACAUCGUUCAUUGAAAGUGUUGAUUUCUCGACAAGUUGGCCAUUUUGGUCGCCUAGGGUUUUUGUCAUCUUAACGUGGGUCUUGGCCCUAGCAAUCGGACUGACGAUUGGGAUUAUGUUCGGCUGGCAAUUGUUAUUGAUCGCAAAGGGGGAGACGACGGUUGAAUCUAGUGAUAAUGAAUAUUAUCAUCAGCUGUUUUCUCAAAGAGGCCAGAAAUACAUGAACCCGUUUGACUUGGGCGUGCGGAGGAAUCUGGAGCAGUUUUUCAACAUCGGACAGGGUGGGAGAUGGCGAUGGUACACGGUCUUGCUUCCGAUCAAGAUCCCGCCGAGUAACGAUGGCUGGAACUGGCCCAAACGAGCCGGAUGGGAGAACCAAGUGCUCAACUUGGCCGAAGAAUUGACUGAUGAAGAAGACGAGGAAGACGACCAUUCGUCGCUCUAGUACCAACCCCUCCCUCAUUUUGACAGCCUGUUCGUUGUCCGGUUUUCGUUCUUUCUCUGCAACCAGAGCUUGUCAUUCCGGAUCUGUCUCUUCAUGGACACUGUUUCCUCGUUCAUCCUAGAUAUAUACAUUCGAUUUUUUUUUGUCUUGGGAGUUUGAUUAGUUUGUUCAUGCAUCGAAUCUUGGUAACCUCUCAUCCGUUUCUUUCCAUCUGCUUGUUAUCCUAGGUCUCUGAUUCUUUCAAUGGCCAAUCAGUCCCCUUGGUCUCGAUUUCCUCCAUUUUGUUGGGUUUUCUUUGGUUUCGCGAUUCAAUGAUAUGUGUAUGUAUUGUUCUACUUCUUUUUGACUUGCAAGGCCAAUUAUUAUUCUCUUAUUUCUUUUUUUGGAUAUAUCUAUCAUGGGAAAUGUUUUGGUGUAGAUUAUGCGGAUAUCACUAUUUUCUAUAAAUCCAUUAGCACCAUCUGUCUAGCCUUUUCCUUUCCUUCUUUUUGAUAUAGUGAUAUAUAUAACACCAAAGUAACAAUCCCUCAUGGACAGUGAGUUUGGCCACUGGUAA